UUCCUCUCUAUUUAUUUAUCGGUUUCUCUCUCGCCACCACCGAUCAUGGUCACCGCCCUCGAACUCAUCCUCAUCCUCCGCUUGAUUUGAUCUAUCUCUCUCAAAGGUCCUCUUUUUCUUCAAUCAAACUUCAUAUGCAUGUGUCUGCUUGAUUGUUGAUCUGUGCAAAAAAAGGAUCGAUCUAUAUUAUUUUUUUGUGCUCUCUCAUGUCAUCAUCGACUAGUGUUCAAGGAGAGAUAAUGGAUCUUGAUCUUGAUCUGAACCAAGAACCAGACUCUCCACCCGGUUUAAUCACAGAGAUCUCUCCAUGGCUAAACGAGCUAGAAACCGCUCACGAGCGGAUCGAAGACCGUCUAAGACAGCUCGAAGCCAUAGUUUCACGAAUCAGGGAACGUGCAGCAACAGUCACAACAACGGCAACACCAUCACCAGCACCUGCUUUAAUACCUCCUAGAGACUCAACGGCAGGAGUUAUACACGAGCGUUCUAGAGAGAGACUUGUCGAGAACGACGACAAGACUUAUCUGAUAGCAAAGGCACUGAACAUGGAGAGAACAACCUCUGUCCCCGGCGGCUACUUUGACUGCAACAUAUGCUUAGAGAAAGCCGAAGAUCCGAUCUUAACUUGCUGCGGUCACUUGUUCUGCUGGGGAUGCUUCUACCAGCUGCCAUUCAUUUACCUUAACAUCAAAGAAUGUCCUGUCUGCGACGGGGAAGUGACUGACACCGAGGUGAUUCCUAUAUACGGUAAUGGAGAAGACGAUAAUGAUGGUAGUAGUAAAGCCAAGCGUGAGGAGUGUGGUAUCCGCUUACCUCCAAGGCCUAAUGCUAAAAGAGUUGAAAGCAUCCGUCAAAAGAUUAUAAACCGGGGCAACCCGUUUAUCCCGGGUCCUGAGACGCUGGAGCAUAUUAGAAGGACUAUUGAUUCUAUUGGAGGGUUACAAGCUUUAGCUGAAGGGCAUGAGUUCGGUUUGACCAACAUAGUAACCACCGGGAACAAUCGUGCGGUGCAAAAUCAGCAUAAUCGUUUGAGGUUGUUGUCUUCUUUCCCGGGUCUUGUGGUAGAUAGCUCGGAGAUGCCGCCGCCAACGUCUGAUGAAGCUGCUGCUGCUUUUGAUGUUGAUAGUUUUGUUGAUACAACAACGCCUAGUUUGAGGACUAACCGUCGUAGGUCUUCUCGUAUUGCUGAGAUUAGUCCUUCUCCUUCUCCUGCAGUACGUGCUUCUAUUCGUAGGAACCAAAGUGGUAGUGCUGCAGGUUCAUCAUCUUCGCCUAGAGAUUUUGCUGUUGCCGGGUUUGGGUUUGAUUCUCGUGAAGUGGUUACUUCAGAUUCGUCAUCGUCUAGGAGGAGAACUGAAGAUGUAAACAAUGGACCUCGGACCAGGUCUAGGAGGAGGCUAGGCUGAAAAACUCUUUUAAUUAUAUUACAAAGCUCAUGUGACCAUGUCUUGUUUCCAUUCUGAACAUGGCUGAAUGUGUAUGUACAUUCUUGUGAAGCCUAUGAAACUUUUGGAUGUCAGUUUUUUGUUCCUUUGGGUUAAAUAAUCUAAUCAUAUUUCUAAAAGGUCAA